CAUUAUUGCUAUAGAGGAAAUCUCAAUAGCCAACGUCACUUUAUCAACCGGAUCACUAUAUAUAAAUGCUAGAAACCGUGCUAGAAACGGAACGAAUGGGAAUGAAAAUUUGCUAUACACCACUCAGCAAUUUUCCUGUCUCACGCGGUGGCUCUCUCGAAACAACACCCGGCAACCUUAUAGGUUAUGCGCUCACGUCCACUUGUGUUUUUCGAAGGAAAAUUCGCUGAUUCGUAUAACGAAAAUGAGAAAAACGAAUUUUGUAACGAAUGUUCAACUGAUAUUUUCAACCGGGAUGAUUGAAAUCUUUGCACGAUAGUACUUAUUGACAAAUAUACUUUUGGAAUAUAAUCAAGUUUUGAUUUCUCAUUCGUCAUGGAGGAACAAACCUGUCCUCGUUGCAAGACAACGAAAUAUAGAAACCCAUCCCUGAAGUUGAUGGUCAAUGUAUGCGGUCACAGUUUGUGCGAAAGUUGUGUAGAUCUUCUCUUCUUGAAAGGUUCCGGUGCAUGUCCAGAAUGCCAGAUACCAUUGCGCCGAACAAAUUUUCGAGUACAGAUGUUCGAAGACUCGAUGGUGGAGAAAGAGGUCGAUAUUCGAAAGCGAGUACUGCGCGAUUUCAACAAAAAGGAAGAAGAUUUCGAGAAUUUGAGAGCCUACAACGAUUACCUCGAGGAAGUUGAAACGAUAGUUUACAAUUUGGCAAAUAACAUUGACGUGGUAGAAACAAACAAAAGAAUAGAGCAGUACAAGCGUGACAAUAAGGAUCAGAUAUUGAAGAACAAAACGCGAUUAGGUAGAAAAGAGCACGAGCUCGAGGAGCUUCUAGAGCUUGAGAAACAACGAGAAGAAGAAAGGAGAGUGGAGCUGGUGAGAGAAGAGAUCGAAACGAAGAGAAAGAAGAUUCGUGACAAGGAGGCUCUGAUCGACGAGCUCAUGUUCUCCGAGGGCAAUGCCAAAAACAUUGUUGAAACGUUUGCAUCUUCGAUGCAAGCUUCCAAAGAAAAAGCGAAAACUCCGGCUGCACCAAAAGCCACGCAAUUCAGUACCGGAAUAAAAUUCGGUAAAGGAUCUCAGAAUUAUAUGCCUCUUCCCAAAAUCGACGAAGGACCAACUUACGUUUACGAGCCGAUCGAACAAGAAAUCGAAGGACCUUCACCGCCCAGCUGGAACGAUAUACAAACACGCGGUUAUAUAUCCCAUGUUCGUGCCGAGACUGUUGGAGAGCGAGCAAGUGGUUUCAGAGCUAAUAUCGCUUGUCUUCGAGCCUUGAAAGACGCAAUGGCUGGCCUGUACCACAAUCCUACUCACCGGCAGCAGCUCGAACCCAUGUCCAUAUGACCUUACGAUUGGCACUGAAUUAUUCUUGGUUUUUCUCAACGACGGAUUUUCACUGUGAAAUUUUCAGUUCAAAUGAUUCCCUGCGAAUGGAACGAUUCCCGUUUGCAAGGUUCGAAUGACAAAACAAUUUUUGUCCUUUUAGUUUUUUUUUUAAUUUUCUGCCCUUCUUUGCGUAAUAUUGCUUGUGGAUUUCUGAAAAGAACUGACGAAAAGUUAGAUCGUCUUUACAGUCCGAAUCUGCACUCAAAUUUUCCCUAAUAUAAUGAAAUUUGUUUUUAUUACGUAGAUGUAAAAAAAUGCAUUUUUUUCCGUCUCAUUCAGUUGAGUCAAGUUUUUUUUGGGGGUUAAAUGUCGGAAUCCGUGCCAGACUAAGAAAAUUCCAUUAACUGAAAAUGGAGGAAUUGUGUGGAAAAAUUAUAAUUCUUCCAUUCCGACGAUUCUGAUUUUUCUAGUAUCGUUGAUUUGUUUAUUUUUUUUUUAUUUAUUUUCCAAUGUGGCCACACACUCAUCCACGAAAUUUUGCAACGGGACAUUUCCUACUGGCUUGAGGAACAAAGAUGUACAAAAUACCGAGUGUAGUUUUAAGAGUACAAUAUUUUCGGAGCUGUGUAAAUAAUAGUAUCAUUAGGUUUGCUGCCGGCUCGGCCAUUGUUGUUUUAUUCUCUUUCAACAGUUAAAAGAUUGGCCGAUUCAACUAAUAACAUUUAUAUAAUCGGCUGGAAAACUCAUCAGUGUAUAAAUACUUCGUAAUAAAACUCAACGAGUUUUGUAUUGUU